AUGCGUGAGAUUGUUCACCUCCAGACCGGUCAGUGCGGUAACCAAAUUGGUGCUGCUUUCUGGCAAACCAUCUCUGGCGAGCACGGCCUCGACAGCAAUGGUGUCUACAAUGGUACCUCCGAGCUUCAGCUCGAGCGCAUGAGUGUUUACUUCAACGAGGCCUCUGGCAACAAGUAUGUUCCCCGAGCCGUCCUCGUCGACCUCGAGCCUGGUACCAUGGACGCCGUCCGUGCUGGUCCCUUCGGUCAGCUCUUCCGUCCCGACAACUUCGUUUUCGGUCAGUCCGGUGCCGGAAACAACUGGGCCAAGGGUCACUACACUGAGGGUGCCGAACUUGUCGACCAGGUCCUCGACGUCGUCCGCCGUGAGGCUGAGGGCUGCGAUUGCCUCCAGGGUUUCCAGAUCACCCACUCUCUCGGUGGUGGUACCGGUGCCGGUAUGGGUACUCUGCUCAUUUCCAAGAUCCGCGAGGAAUUCCCCGACCGAAUGAUGGCCACCUUCUCCGUCGUUCCCUCCCCUAAGGUCUCUGACACCGUCGUUGAGCCCUACAAUGCCACCCUCUCCGUCCACCAGCUGGUCGAGAACUCCGAUGAGACCUUCUGUAUCGAUAACGAGGCCCUCUACGAUAUCUGCAUGCGCACCCUGAAGCUGUCCAACCCCUCCUACGGUGACCUCAACUACCUCGUUUCUGCUGUUAUGUCCGGUGUCACCACCUGUCUCCGUUUCCCCGGUCAGCUGAACUCCGAUCUCCGAAAGCUCGCCGUCAACAUGGUGCCUUUCCCUCGUCUACACUUCUUCAUGGUUGGAUUUGCUCCUCUGACCAGCCGUGGUGCUCACUCUUUCCGCGCUGUCAGCGUUCCUGAGUUGACCCAACAGAUGUUCGACCCCAAGAACAUGAUGGCUGCUUCGGACUUCCGCAAUGGUCGCUACCUGACCUGCUCGGCCAUUUUCCGUGGCCGUGUCGCUAUGAAGGAGGUCGAGGACCAGAUGCGCAACGUCCAGAACAAGAACUCUUCUUACUUCGUUGAAUGGAUUCCCAACAACAUCCAGACAGCCCUUUGUGCCAUCCCUCCCCGAGGACUUACGAUGUCUUCGACCUUCAUCGGAAACUCCACUUCUAUCCAGGAGCUCUUCAAGCGUGUUGGUGAGCAGUUCACUGCCAUGUUCCGACGCAAGGCUUUCUUGCAUUGGUAUACUGGUGAGGGUAUGGACGAGAUGGAGUUCACUGAGGCUGAGUCCAACAUGAAUGAUCUUGUCUCUGAAUACCAGCAGUACCAGGAUGCUGGUAUUGAUGAGGAGGAAGAGGAGUACGAGGAGGAGCUCCCUGAGGGCGAGGAGUAA